AUGAACACACUCUCCACUUACAUUAUCAUUAAAAAAUGCUUUGUUUUCCAAGCUGGCAUUGGAAUCUCAGCCAACACUUUUCUCCUUUUCUUCCACCUUUUGAUGCUCUUUCAGAAUGACAGAUCAAAAUUCACUGACCUGAUUACCUGUCACUUGAGCCUUUUCCACAUACUCAUGCUCCUGACUGCAGUUGCUUUUUUGUCUCCAGACAUGUUUGAGUCACUGAAUUUUCAAAACGACUUGAAAUGUAAGGCAAUUUUUUACAUAAACAUAGUAAUGAGAGGCCUCUCCAUCUGCACCACCUGCUUCCUGUGCGUGUUCCAGGCCAUCACCAUCAGCCCCAGCACCUCAGGGUUGCUGAAAUUUAAACAUAAACUUAGAAAUAAUAUUACCGGUAUUUUCUUCUUAUUUUGGUUCCUCAAUUUGUCUUUCAGUAGUUACAUCAUCAUCUACACUGUAGCUUAUUCCAAUGUGACCCAGACCAGUCUACUGAAUGUCAGUAAUUACUGUUCACUUUCCCCCAUGAACUCCAUCAUCAAGAGAGUAUUUUUCAUUCUGACAACAUCCAGGGAUGUCUUCUUUGUGGGAGUCAUGCUGCUCUCCAGUGCAUACAUGGUGAUUCUAUUAUUCAGGCAUAAGAGGCGAUCCCAGCGUCUUCACAGCACCAGCUUAUUUCCAAGAACCUCCCCAGAGAAAAGGGCUACCCAGACCAUCCUGCUGCUGGUGAGUUGCUUUGUGGUCACAUACUGGGUGGACUUAAUCAUCAUAUCCUCCUCCAUUAUGUUAUGGACACAUGACCCAGUUCUUAUGAUUGUUCAGAAGCUUGUGCUCAAUGUCUAUGCCACUGUCUGCUCUUUCGUACAAAUCGGUUCUGAUAAAAGAAUAAUAAAUAUUUUGAAAAUUUGC